AAUACCCUCUGCAAGGGUAUAAAAAUAACACAAGGAAUUAACUUAUCUGCACUCAGAGAUUAAGUUCCACGAAUGAACUUGAUAGAUAAAAGAAAGAAUUGGUUGCGAGUUGGACAGAAUUGGUCAAAAGAAUAUUUCAUAUUUUUUAGCAUUCUGAGAUCAUUUUAUGGUUUAAGCCAUACAAAUUUUUUGAAUCAAUUAAGUUGGAAAUGUAUAGUUUAUUGAACUUUUUUAAGUUUCUUUCAUUAUCAACUCAUUCGAAAUCAAUUAGCAAUCUGUCGAUAAGACUUUACAGGGCGAUAAGACCCAUCUGAUAAGAUUUAUGCAUGAUUUAUAUGAUUUUAUGGAGAUCCGCUGGGAAAGCUUAAACGGUAGCAGCCUAAAAGUAUGCUUCGUCGGGGGAACAGUCACAACCCACCGCCACCCCCUGCUCCGGCACUCACCUGGGCAGGGAAUGUGGCCUCAAUUUGCAGAAGCGCUUAUCGUUCAAAGCGUUAAGUAAACUCAGUCGGACAAACACAGGUACAUGUGUAGUAAGGUUAUCGGAGUAUCUGUGUGAGUGUCGUGCUGUGUGCAUGGUGCAAGUUUAAAAAGUUUCAAUUACUCCAACAACACAGUCUCGGCAAGGCUUGGGCAGGUGUCACAAUACAGAAGCAGGAUACAGUGGGCAGGGAUAUGUCAUUUUUAUCAGAAAAAUAAAUAAGCUUUUAUUAUCCUUAAAGGUCCUUCUUUGAGAGUUUUAUUUUAUGAAUAAGCAGAAAUUACUCAAUUACAAGUUAAUGAAAUUCUGAAUUAAAUACUACGCCACCGAUAGCAGACAGUCAUAAAUUAAAAGUUUUGAAAAAUUUUUGGCAAUUUUAAUCUGAUAAUGCUGGGAACUCGUCUUACCACUUGACCCACAGUGCCCAAGAGAGAGCGAGAGAGAGUGGGUGAGAAUCGGAGAGAGUGCCGAAAAGUGUCUCGAAAGCUUGCUCUUCUGGCAGUAAUCUAUCAUGCGCGAUCGAUCAAACGGAUACUCUCUCAGCCCGCUCCUCCCCCCAACAUACCACUACUACUUGGGCUUUGGGGAGAGGUUCAUUAAAUCGUGAAUCAAGCGGGAGAGUGCUGGGGAGAGGGCUCCUCUUGUGGUCGGUAGCUCUCAAAGCAACUUACUUUUAUCACACACGCGCGCACACACACACGGUUGCUCACUACACUGAGAGAAAUUAUAAACUUUUUCACCAACACUCAAAAAAAGUUUUAAUUGAAAAUAAAAUGUAUCUGAUAUAUUUAUCAUUGUUGAUAGUAAAUUAAUUAAAAAGCAUUGGAAACUAGUUUUCAUGCUAGUUUUUCUCUCAGUGUACCAAUUGAGGGGGAGAGAGCGCCACCGAUUCGAGUGCCUGGCCAUCAGAGCGGCAGAUACGAUUUGUGGGCCACAUUCGCCGAUAAAACGUCAACCUGUCUCCACGUCAACCUGCUGCUCUCCGUGGAGCCAACAACAACACGAAUUUCUGGAACGAGUCACACGCACGUUCCCCCAUACGAAACCCCAAAUAAAACCCGAACGUACACUUUUCCUUAACAGAAAUAUAAAUUAAUCAAAGCCUUGUUACAAAACACUCACACACGAUUCUCGAUUCUCUCCUGUGGCCGGAGAAAGACGGCGGAGACUCUUGACAAAAUAAAAAAAAAUAAUAAUAUUUUUUUAAGACAGACCCGUCGGAAAGAAAGGGGAGACAACAACAACAACAACAACCACAUUAAAAUGUGCCGCUGCUGUCAAAAUUGUUGGGAAGAUUUCUACUGGAAUUGCUUCGAGGAGCGUUUUUGCUACGACGAAUCGAUCGCUAACUAUAAUCCCGAGGACGAUGAGGACUACUUGGCAGCCCAGAAGAAUGGACACAUCAUUGGACGCAUCCAACCGGCCUCGUCGGACAACAACAACUCUCUGACAGUGCCCCAACCGAUCUGCGAUCAGCCCCAAAUGCGGCACGGAAACUCCGGCCUGGGCCUGAGCCUAAUGAGCGCCAAGAUCCAUGAGGAGGACUAUCGCCGGGAGACACAGAUCAACGUGCCCACCCUGGGCCCAGAGAUACUGGCCGUGUUUGCCAACUCGCAGAUCUUCCAGGACCAUCAGCCCACCAAGCUCAACCGGAUUAGCACUAAGACAUAUCUGGCCGGAGUCCAUUCGCCGAACCGUGAGAUGCCGACAACUCCGCGUCUGAGUGACCAGGAUCGGUUGCUGCGUCGUCUGGAAGGGGAUGCCACAGAUUCCAAGCCUGGUUCGGCGGAGAAGCGAAUCACAUUCACCCUGGCUCCCAGUUCCGCCGAGUGCUCUCCCUCGGGCAGCCAAACCACCCUCAGCCCCAAAAAGUUCGAGGCCAUUGCCGAGGAGGAGAAGGAGGACGACAAGGCCGAGGAGGAUGAGGAGGGCAUGGAAGAGGUGGUCCUGAGACCGCGACUCAUCGACCGCCACCCGCAUCUGCUGCCCAAUCCCAGUGGCCUGAACACCACUCCGAAGCGAAUCCUGCGAACCGCCAAGAGCGUUCCACACAUGCACGUCAGGUCGGCGGCCAGCGAGACGGAUAUAUUCUCGAUAAGCGGAACUGUCGGCGGCAGCCAGAUCAGCAUGACGCCCGAGGUGCCCUCAAUCUCGUUCAGCAACCUGCCGAAGAACUACGAGGAUACGCCCACAAUCGAGAAGUACCGAGUCUCCCAGAGCCUCUACUCCAUCCAAACCGCAAAUGCCGCACGGGCCACCCAAGAUGACUACUCAAUGCCGCGUUAUUUCCGCCGAUCUGCCAUGCUCAUGACUCAGAGUUCGGAGGUGCUGCCCGGGGCCAGUUCACUGGCCUCCAUGUCACCGUCGGUAGCCUCGUCAUCCGCCUCGCCGGGGUCCUCCAAGGACGAGAUCCGACGUCCCGAAAAGGAAAAGAGCAAGCGGCUCCAGAUGCUGCGAGGAAACUUGCCGCCACUCCUCAUCCACUCCGUGUCCUUCAAACGUAAUCGGGAUGAGGGCAAGCAGGUGGACUAAUAAAAAGAUACAUGUAUUUGUUACCAUAACCACUUUUAAAUGUUUUAUCCUGGUUAAGUGUUUUUUGUAUUAUUAUUAUCUUAAAAUACGUCCUUUUCCGCCCCUCAGUAUUGUAUGUUCUUCCUUUUAUCUGCAAAAUUGAUAUUAAAAAAAUAAAUGUAAUUAAACUCUAAAAGAUUCAUUUUAUUUCUACGAUAUUUCAUAAAUAAAUUAAUCAUUUACGUAGGUAUUAAAUAAUAAAAAUAAAAAAAAUUAAACAUCUCCCCGACGGGGAAUUGAACCCCGGUCUCCCGCGUGACAGGCGGGGAUACUAACCACUAUACUAUCGAGGAUGUUAUGAGGCAACUGCCAAAACUGCUUGUUCAGUAUACCACGUUACCCCUCGUCUGUUAUUUACAGUUUCAUUUCCAUUCGUUUCUAUUAUAGAGACCCUUAUUUGAAAAACAUACUUUGUCACGCCUUGUUCAACAUCCUCGAUAGUAUAGUGGUUAGUAUCCCCGCCUGUCACGCGGGAGACCGGGGUUCAAUUCCCCGUCGGGGAG